GUCCUCCUUCCUUCCCACCCUCCCAGAGGAAGACCAGCCCAUCUCCAUGGUGAUAAGUGCUACUCGGCUGUUUUAGACACUCCUACCUACUCCCUCCCUUCUCUGUACUUAUAAACAGCCAGUAGGCUUAGAAUAAAAGCCAAACGCUGUAAAAGUCACCCAGAAGUUCUGCUUUUUCACAUUCAACAGAGAAAAGGGAGCCACAAGAGUCAAGAGAAACAUCAGGAGGAGGUAAAACAAUUUGCAGCAAAAAAAAAAAAAUGGGCUGCUUCAGAUUCCUAAAGGGCAUGAUGUUUCUUUUCAACGCCAUCAUUUUUCUGGCGGGUGCUGCCAUUCUUGGUGUCGGGAUCUGGGUGAAGGUAGACAGUGGUUCCAUCUUUACUUUGCUUCAGAAAAUUGAAAAUACACCAGAGGAGCUGAACCAGGUACUCAACGUGGGCUACCUGUUGAUCGCAAUUGGAGCUCUUCUGCUCAUUAUUGGCUUUCUAGGCUGCUGUGGAGCUGUCAAAGAGAGCAGAUGUAUGCUGCUGCUGUUUUUCAUCAUAGUCCUGUUGGUCUUCAUCGCGGAGGUCGCAGGUGCGGUGGUGAUCCUGGUUUUCAGACCCUUGGCAGACGAGUUGUUCACGGAGAUUGGUAUAGCAGCAAUGGGAAACAUCAAGAAGGAUUAUGGGAAUAAUAAAGACAUCACAGGACUCUGGGACACAGCUAUGAGCACAUUAAAAUGUUGUGGAUUCUACAAUUACUCUGACUUCUCAGGAUCUCCAUACUACAACACCCAUGGCAGUCAAUACCCGCCCGCGUGCUGUCUGAGCUCUAGUAACCCUUGUAACCACACAGCGGCUGCUUCUGAUGUGGUCGUCUCUGGUUGUUUCCAGAAGAUUAAGGAUCUGAUAGAUGAGAAUGCUGUGGUUAUUGUGGGAGUGGCGCUGGGUAUUGCUGCUCUGGAGAUAUGUGCCAUGAUUGUCUCUAUGACCCUUUGCUGCAAAAUAAAGUCGAGGCUGGCCUAACCACAGAUGGAGAAGGUCUCAGAAGGUUUACCAUUGGGAACAUUUGUAUUUCCCAUACUCCCUCUGGAGAACUGAAGACCUUUGACUUUAUCCAGCACAAACGCCUCAUCGUUGAGACACACAGGGAGUGUAAUAUGUUGUGUAAUCAAAUCCAUUUUUAUCUACAACCCCAAUUAGAAUUAUUAGAAUUCUGUUUUUAUUUACAUGUCACACAGCAUCUCAACUUUUCUGGAAUUGGGGUUGUAUCUUCUGAAUGUAAGUCAUCUAAUUCUCAAAAAACCCAUUCAAUUUCAUGUCAUGAAGUGCUAAUUUCAGCUUAUUUGAAGCUUUCAACCAGUGCUACUGUCUGUGCCAGUUAAUGAGUUAUUAUACUGAGCUGCAUUUGUUGUCAUUAUGAAACAGGCGGCUGUCACUGAAGAUCAACAACAAUAGAAAUUAUACUUUAUUAUUUGUAUGUAUAUUGUAAAAUUAUAUGUUUUGAAAUAAAGUUCAACCUGUUUCUA